UCUCAAUGAAUAGCUCAACUCUUCAUCGACUGUCAACUUAGCGAGCUACCAUUCAUGUGUACGCGCCCAAGGGGUGUGGACUGUCUUUUGGUCACACUGGUGUCUUUUUUGAGUGUUCGGUGUGGCGAGGUUACCGAACGUAGUACAGGGAGGCGCACUCAACACCCGCACAAGGACCGGAACGAUUGGAUAUAGCAUCGUCUCAGCAUGGCUUCGUCUCACGGGAAAAACGACCUCCGGUUUGUGGACUGGAUGGCAAGUUUACCGGAGACCAUGCACAAUAUUCCGCUCACCAACAUGGCUAUUCCCGGUUCCCACGACUCCUUUAGCUUCUACAUAGACGAAGCGUCCCCUGUGGGUCCAGAACAACCUGAUACCGUCCAGAACUUUGUGUCAGUCUUUGGCACGGUGGCUAAGAAGCUUAUGAGGAAGUGGCUGGCCACCCAGACCAUGAACUUCACCUGUCAGUUAGAAGCAGGCAUCCGCUUCUUUGACCUGCGUAUCUCCACCAAGCCCAGGGACCCAGACAAUGAGCUGUACUUUGCUCAUGGACUUUUCAGUGCCACGGUGAGGGAAGGUCUUGAGCAGAUCAGCAGCUUCCUGUCAUCCCAUGCCAGGGAGGUGGUCUUCCUGGACUUUAACCACUUCUAUGGCGUACAGAACCUUCACCAUGAGAAGCUAGUGGCCAUGCUCAAAGAAGUGUUUGGAGAGCGUCUCUGCCCUGUCGUAUUUGCUCAGGAGGUGAGUCUGCAAUACCUGUGGGAGAGGGAGUACCAAGUUCUUGUAUUUUACCACAGUCCCAUGGCUUUGGAGGUGCCCUUCCUGUGGCCUGGCCAAAUGAUGCCUGCCCCCUGGGCCAACACUACUGACACCGAAAAACUGAUCCAGUUUCUCCAGACCUCUGUUGCCGACCGCAGGAGAAAGGGGACCUUUUUUGUGUCCCAGGUUGUCCUUACACCCAAGGCUAGCACCGUUAUGAAGGGGGUGGCCAGCGGACUGAGGGAGACCAUCACAGAAAGGGCUCUUCCAAGUAUGAUGCAGUGGAUACGGUCCCAGAGGCCUGGCGAGAGCGGCAUCAACAUCAUCACAGCUGACUUUGUGGAGCUGGGUGAGUUUAUCAGUGCCGUCAUCACCCUCAACUACCACCUGGAGGAAGAAGAAGAAAAUGCCACCUGAGGCUGAUAUGGGUUGCCAGAGAGUCUAGUCACCACCUAUGGGUGUGCUCUCUCAUUCCGUAUAGUUUAUUUCAGGGGAGAAUUCUUCCUCUCCACUUUGUUUAGGGCUAAGAGAGUUGGGGAAAGGAGAAGUGGGGGGAGAGGUUGUUGGUUUGAGGGAUUUGGGAGUUGGAGAAGGGGAGAGAAGGAAGAGGAUAAUGCACUGAGUUUGAAAGAUGACAUGAAACUUUUUGGACUUUUGAUUUGAUGUAUUUUGGGGUCCAAAGGCCAGUUGCUUAAGAAGGGCUCUUUGCUUUUGCUGUAACAACUGCUUGAUUCUGCUUUCACUUAAAUGCUCUUUCCUGGCCUAAGCUGUUUGGCCAAUGUCUGCAUUAAUAGCACAUUCUUCAGUUCUGAUGUUCUUAGUGUUCUAGUGACAGUGAUGGUCCAUCCUUACCAGACCUUUCUUGUUGGUGGCAGUACUUUAAUUACUGUAAUUUUGUGUGUAAUGUAAAAUCAGCUUACAAAACUGUUUCAUUGUCCUGGUCGACUAAACUGCCAUAAGGAACCCGUAACCCGGAAUCCCUUCAACUCAGUUAGACCUAUAGGGAUUUCCCAAUUUGUGUUCUCAACUCUCUUAGCCCUGUGUGCGCGGUAUGCACUGUAUGUUUCAGGAAAAACUACUGCCAUUAAAGACAGUCCCGUUGAGUUUCCAUUCUUAAAAUCCACUGAACAAAAGGUUUAGUGCAUAAAUAUUUCCGACUUUGAAACUGUCACCUCUGAGGUCAAUAUACUGCUCCAGAUUGAUUCUAUGUCCGUGCUUGGUGGACAAUCAUUGAUUCAGACAGUGUCACUGUGGAGGUGUUAAUAUUGUUUACAUAGAAUAAUCAGUCCAAGGGUCUGAUAAAUCUGUGUAUGUAUUGUUUUUGUAUUUGUUGAAUAGAAUAAAAUACAGCAGAAUGGAUAACAGAAUGAUAGUUCUCUAUACUGACCCUCUAUUUCCAUGUAACAGUAAGACACAUUUUACACUUUUGACAAAAGAUAAUACCUAAAUGUUAAAAUAUGUACUGAGACAAUUAUUGAGUAUUCUUCAGUGAAUGUAUUCUGUUACCUAAAAAUGUAUUAAUGUAAACCAAAACAAAUUGUAAAUAUUACAGGUUGAAUAUGUGAAAGUGUGUUUUGUGUGUAAAUGUGCCAUUUCCAACUAUUCUGUAAGUCAAAGAGCAUUUUAGAUGUUUGUGUGUUGAGUGAGAGAAAUAUAGAUAACUUUAACAGUCAGUGCAUGUGUGUUUGUGUGUAACCUACUACCGUUAUUGUCAAAGAAAAUACUUUUUUAUGUGUAAAAUUGAUGCAUAAAAAUACUUUACUUUAUCACCAAUAUGAUAGCUUGUAAAUAGUGUAAGUGCAAUGAAUUUACUGCCGUACAAUUGUAAAUGAAAAUGCCAAGAAAAUAUUGGUUGUAUUCGGGUUUGAUUGAUAGCUUGCAUGAAUUAAAAGAGUGUGUGUGUGUUAGGAGGGUGACACACAAUGACACAAGUCAUUGUAAUCACAUUUCAUCUUGGAAACACAGAAUUCCUGUUAAAACAUUAUGUUCAUUAGUGUGCACCUCAUAUCCUGCAGUAAAAUAUUUUUCAUAUGUACUACUCAGAAAUCCCAAACCCAAUUACCUCCAACAUCCACCAAAACGGAUUCAAAAGUUUUAGAUUUAGUAGUUUUAACAUCAGUCCCAAAUCUCAUAUUGUAACCAUUGCUAUCUGUUUAUGAGUUGCCAUCACUGGAGUUGGGCUGGGUCCAUUGCUGUGCAGUAUUAUGUAAAGACCAAUCUUUUGUGUGCUGAAAUGAAACUGACUGUUCUAAAUGAAACAAGGGCAAUCAAAUAAAGCCUCUAUGCCUGU